UCAUGCUGAUUGUUGCCGUGUGAAUGUGGUUGACUUACCUUUCAGGCUCCACGGUCUAGUUUCAUAACAAGAAGUUAAGUAAAAAGUCAAGUCAAGUUAAAAUUUCUAUGCAGCUAAGAUGACUUAAAGAGUCUUGUUUGAGCUGAUAGAAAAUAAUUUGUGUUAGCGGGGAUAUAUUUUUUUAGUUGCAAAUGUCAAGAAAUUUGUCUCAUUUCCUCUUGCCAAAAGUAACACAAGGGUUCUUAUGGUACACUUUUUAGUCAUCUAUGUAAUCUAUUGCAACAACGUGCAGUUUGGUUGUAUUUAUUUGAUCAGAUAUGGCAUAGCAUUAAAAGUUAAAUGCUAUCAUACAAUGACAAACAAGUGUUAUAUAAACCUGCAAAAACCCAGAUGCAAAGCAAGCAUAGUAUCUCUGUCAUCACAACUUAAAAAAAAAGCAGAGUGGCCAAGGACUUCCUCAAAGGUUUCACAAGACUGAGAUGAAUGAUAAAAGGCACAGCACAUUCAAGCUGAGACUCACAUUCAGACACCCAUUAACUGCCAAACAUUAUCCAGUUGGAGAGCACAAUGAGUGUUGAAAAGGUGAUCUAUACUUUGCUGGAGGUGCUCGUUGCUUUUAGUUGCUGUUUGGGUAAUAUGUUGGUUAUUUUGGCACUGUGGACGAGUAAGAGCAUUCGCCAGCCUACCUUCUGCCUUAUUGUCUGCCUGGCUGUGGCUGAUUUUAUGGUUGGCUGCGUGGCCAUACCGAUGGCUGUGUUGGUGGAUGGACGAGUGAGGACUUCAUUCCACGGCUGUCUCUUCAUCAGCUGCGUCGUCAUCUUGUUGACACUUGUCUCGGUUUUGUCUCUCACGGCUAUUGCAAUGGACCGAUUUCUGCGGGUGUAUAUCCCUCUCAGGUACAAAAGGACUGUAACACAGAGACAUUCUUGGCUUGUCGUAGCAGCAUGUUGGCUCCUCGCAGUUCCACUGAGUUUUGCUCCAAUGCUUGGAUGGUACAAGCAUGAAACCUUAGCUAAGUCAGUCAACUCUACCAUUGUCUGCAAGUUCAUAGAUGUGAUCCCCAUGUCAUACCUGGUUUACUUUAACUUUUUUCUCUGCACCUUGACACCUCUGUUGGUGAUGACUGCACUGUACGGCUACAUUUUCUGCAGCAUCAGAGGAAACCUCAGAGAGAAACCAGGCAACGGUGCCAAAAUACAGUCUCAGAACUACCUGAAGAAAGAGAAACAGCUGGCAGGAUCUUUGUCUCUGGUCUUGGCUCUGUUUGCCCUUUCCUGGAUCCCUCUCCACAUUAUGAACUGCAUUGAUUACUUUGUAGGGCCCAGUGUUGUACCAGUAAAAGCCUUCUAUGUCGGCAUCCUGCUUUCUCAUGCUAACUCGGCUGUAAACCCAGUUGUGUAUGCGUUCAAAAUACAGAAGAUCAAGACAGCGUACCUGAAUCUCUGGAGACGGCAUUUUACAUGUGGAGAAGACAAUCAAGGAUGUCAGACAAGUCAAACGACUGACAACAAUCUCAGUAGUAACAUGAACAGUGUGGCACAAAUUGAGUGAAGGAAGAUUUUCUCGUUGGUUCUUACGGAGCAGGUUUGAUUGACUGUUGCACGUAAUUAAACAUCGUGUGAAAAGUUAAGAAAGUCAGUUACAGUAUGUGAAGUGUAUAGAAAUCCAAAAGCUACCUUCGACUUAAUGACCAAAAUAUGUUGUGUGUUGAUAAAGCCCAUCUAGCUGUUUGCACUGAAAGAUCUGUUAUGUUCAGUUUGUGUGUCCUUUAUAUGUGGGUAAGCGUGUUUGUGUGUGUGAAUGUUGCAAAAUCUAUCGAGAAAAAGGGGCAACUUUCACUUGUCUAAAAUGUUUUAGUUCAGUUUCAGAUCACUGUUGCGUUUCUGGUUCUGUUCAAGUUCCAGUUCUUCAUGUCUAUUUCAAUGGAAAGGACACGCAGUUGAACGUUACCUUAUUUCUCUCUGAAAAAAGAAUAUAGCUUUUUGCACAUGAUGCAUGGUUACCAGGUCUGUGCACAAUAACUGAAAAAAAUCUUAAGCAUGACUGUCAUUAGUUCUGGGACAUUGUUUUGUGUACACAGGUACACAAAACAAUGGUACAGGUAAGAUGACCCAGGCGGCAGCACUUGUUGAUGCUCCGGUCAAGUACCUUAGUAUAAAGAGUGAGUAAAUCCACAUUGGGCAGAUGGGAGGGGUCCAACAAACUCUGGACGUUCACCUGGGGACAACUCUUUAUGUCCAGUGUGAAACCAAAUGUUACUUGAGUUGUUUUAAUGAUGAUAUAGUGUGCUAGUAUGUUUUUGCAUACUAUGCUAAUGAUCACGUCAUAUGUCAUAUAUCACGUUAGUAACAAGCGUUCUUAUUUAAAGCCCAACCAUGAUUUCUUUUCUUUUCUUUUCUUUCUUUUCUUUUCUUUUUUUUACCUACAUUGACUUUUUGCAUUCAACUAUACAUUUUCAGUGAAAGCAGAAGUUGGUUCUGAAAAGUGACGAUGCAUGCAACGAGCCUAAAUUGACAUGCUGUCCCUGAAUGUCCAAAACUGAUGCAGGAGGGUUACCUUGAGCAUCAUAUUUUGACCUUAUGAGCCACUGACCAAGUGUCUGUAUGGACGAGUUGAGAAUGACAAUGUGUUGUCAAGUCAGCUGUAUGGUAUUUUUUAUAGUGAAGCUAUAGUUUAAUCUGUUUUUCUAUUUGAUUGGAUAAUAAAGAGAUCUGCUUUUAAAAUUUUGUUCCACCAAGGAAAAUGAUGUUAAAAAAGUACUUAAUACACAUGCAGAGUGCAGUUUUAAAAGACAGCAAAACAUAAUCUUCUCAGAAUAAAAUGGCAUUAACACUUGCUCAUCAUUUUAUGGACACAUUGUUUUUAUUUUAAGAUUAAUACAGUUUUUUCUUAACUCAUCAGUCUUUAUGUAAUUAUACUGGUUUGAUUUGUUUUCAUGUUUAUGUGUUAACUUUUUAUUUCUAGAAAUUCAGGUAAGGUUCCUUACUAUUUCUGUAGCUACAGAUGCUCACUAGUCUUUGGUCAAAUGUGUGACAGCUCAGCCCAUAGGUUCAUUUCCUCGCUGAAAGAAUCUUAAGUAUACAGCUCUCUUGUCAUCUGUACAUAAGUUAUGUAAUGACUCUGAAGUCAAAAUAAACUUGAAUCAA